GAGUCAUGAAUUGAGGCCAAAUUGAUUUCAGAUCUUCUCUUCUUCAAAGAGGGCUUUAUCGUCCAGACCGAAAGCCUGAACAUAGACCAUAGUUAUACAUCUUUUAGAGAAAGAUCCAUAUCUCCCAACGAUUCGUCAAUAUCUAGGAUCCUUAAUUUUGAACAACAAAAGGGCAUCAAUUAUUUCACCUUGAAGAGAUUCCAAUCAAGACAGCUUUGGGGAUUAUAAUCGUAUAUAUGGCGAUCUGGUGAACAACUGCGAUUGCGAUUGAUCGAUCGAUCGGGUAAACUGAGAGCAAAACAUGUCUGCAAUCGUGUGCGGCAAGAGAUCGUUCUUCGAGGAACUCCCAUCUCCGUCCGUCUCCAAGAGAAUUCGCCGUUCUCCUUCGUCUCCUAUCCGGCUUUCCCCAACGAGGACUGCAGCUGGCUCCUCUUCAUCUUAUCUGUCGGCCAUUGAUCAUCUCUCGUCUCUCUUCCCUGAAAUGGACAAACAGCUUCUUGAAAGGGCGCUUAAAGAAUGUGACGAUGAUCUUGACCUGGCCAUUAGAAGUUUGAAUGACCUACGGUUGGGGUCAGCUGAGAGCAUGGACCCAGCUGGAGGAAAACCCGAAGCUACAUCUGAAAUUAAGGUUCAAUUACAAGCUUCAGGUGAUCAGGUGCCUGCUAGUAAGGAUCCAGUUACCAUCAAUGGUGCAGACUGGGUUGAGCUUUUUGUAGUGGAAAUGAAGAACGCUUCCAAUAUGGAUGAUGCCAGAAAUCGUGCAUCUCGAGCUCUCGAGGUGUUUGAAAAAUCCGUGAUUUCUCGUUCAACUGCCCAAGCAGCCCAAACCUUCCAGCAGGAGAAUAGCAUACUGAAGGAACAACUUGAAGGACUAAUUUAUGAGAAUGGAAUACUGAAACGUGCAGUAUCCAUUCAGCAUGAGCGACAAAAAGAAUACGAAGACAGGAGUCGGGAGAUGCACCAUCUCAAGCAGAUGUUGUCCCAAUACCAGGAGCAGCUUAGGACUCUUGAGGUGAACAACUACGCACUUACAAUGCACCUCAAGCAGGCUCAGCAAAACAGUUCUAUUUCGGGCCAUUUCAAUCCGGAUGUCUUCUAGCGGAAGUUCGAUGUCCGUGUUUAAUUUUAUUGUAAUGUAAUUCAUAUGCAAGAAGUGCAUUAUUGUAUUGAUGUUACUACUAAGUUUGAAUUUUUGAGAGAUGUUGUAACUCCUCUUAAGAGGGUUAUGCUUCUUCUUCCUUCAGACAACAUAUAUAUUGAGUAAGAGAUUUAUCUUUUCAGUGUUGUUUUUUUGGGUAAUAAGAUUAUUUUCUUAACAAUUGAU